GGUCAUAAAGUUGACGUUUAUGGACCAGAGUGUCACUUCGAGACGCGUGAAACGUUGACCGUCAACUUAGAGACCACUCAACUUCGUUAGUCUGAAGAUAUCUGGUCAGGAAAAUAGGACAUUCACCAGCCAACUUCAACCCCCAGAAGUUAUGGCUUUACUUGGAUGGACACCCUCUUCCUGCUCACCCAGAGAUUCAUUCUUCGAAUUCCAAUAAAUUCACUGUCCCUCCUUCUUGACCCUUCAAUUCUCGCCCUCACAAACAAUUCAUCACUAAACUGACUUUUCUUUAGAAAAGCUCUUCUCUCCUGCUACUGCCGUAAAAAAAUAAACCUAUGGAGGUUUCACCUGAGCUGUCUUCUCAUAUGUCUGAAUCCGCACCCCUUCCCCAACACCCUUCUGAUGGCGUGGACUGUAACACCCCAUCACCAACAACUGAUUCUUCCCGAUCCACCAUUCCUAGGAGAAGAACCUUUGCUUCUAUAGCACAGCGAGUGAUCAUACAGGAAAGACUCAGAAGAGCUGAAGCAGGAGGUGACACUGAUGAAGAAGAAGAUGAGGAGCCAGAAGAAGACCUACCAAAGGAUCAGAUAGAAGAGAAAGCCAAAGCGGGUGAUGCCAGAGCUCAAACCCGGCUGGGUCAGCACUACUUGAUUCUGGCUGAAGAGGAAGAUAGAGAGUUAAACAAUCGACUGGCUGUUAACUGGUUGAUAAAAGCAGCAAAACAGGGAAGAAAGAGUGCAGCAACAGCCUUGCAGCGCUGUUGGAUCCGUAAAAUAGGAAUCACUGCGGAAAAUGAGGACGAUGUUCGGAAGCUGUCGGCAGAGAGUAAGUUUGAGAGGGCAGUGCGAAAAGCCGCCAUGAUGAUGUACUGGAAGCUUAAUCCAGAGAAGAAGACUAAAGUUGCCAUGGCUGAGAUGUUGGAGAAUGUCAGCCAGGUCAAUCCAGAGCAGGGGGAUGUUGCAAAUAUUAAACCUGGCUCCUCCGACCACACUCAGAAAAUACUGGAAAACAUGGUCAGCAGUGAGACCAAUAAAUUGGUGGACUUGGACGACUUUGUUGAGAUGACUAAAAAUUACGCUCAAGGUAUCGUGCACUCAUCGUCAGAGACAGAAAACCCUGAUGGCAAGGAGGCUGAGCCACCCCCAUCAGAAGACAAGAAGCGUCACAGUGGGUCUUGGAGUUUUGGCAAAAAGGGGAUGAUGCUGGACACAGAGCAUACUGGUGCUAUUAAAAAAGCGAUGGAUAUGAAAUCACGCUUAAUGAUGCUGCACUAUCCAGUUGAUACCUUAAUGGAGGUGAAGGAGCACCUGGUGGACUGGGCAUCACGGGCCGGCGUCCAGUGGCUGAGCACCAUCAUCCCUACGCAGCAUGUCAACACACUUAUCUUCUUCUUUAUCAUCAGCAACCUCACCAUUGACUUGUUUUCCUUUGUCAUCCCCCUAUUAGUCUUCUAUCUCUCCUUCAUCUCCAUGAUUAUUUGCACAUUGCGGGUUGCUCAGAGUAGUAAGACCUGGGAGAACUUUCGAGCCUUGACAUCUCUCCUGACUCGUUUUGAACCUGGCCUGGAUGUUGAGCAGGCAGAGAAUGACUUUGGCUGGAAUAACCUUGAGCCAUAUCUCUACUUUAUAUUCUCUGUCUUCUUCGUCAUAUUCUCGUUUCCUGUUGCUGACAAGGGCUGGAUCCCUUGUUCAGAGCUCUCUACGCUGGCCAUCUUUUUCACGGCAGUCAGCUACCAGAGCCUCAGUCCCAUGGCUGCAACUUAUGCACGAAGAGCGAUGCUCAUAGAGGUUGCGUCGUCUCUUUGUGGCCUGACUCAGCUCCUGCCUGGAAGCAUGACAGUGUUUGGCAUCUUGGGACGUACAUUUGCAACUCUACCUCUUGGAGAAUCAGUUGUGCUGCAACUCAGUAUUCCAUGCCUGCUGUAUGUUUACCUUUUUUACCUGUUCUUCAGCAUGGCCAGAAAGCGGGGAUUUCGGGGGACAUACUGCAUCCUGGUACCCUACCUCGUAUGCUUCAUGUGGUGUGAGUUCUCAGUGGUCCUCCUCCAGAAUUCCACUGCUGUGGGCAUAAUCCGCACAUGUGUGGCCUACUUCCUCUUCCUGUUUGCACUUCCUGUUCUGGCAGUUGGCCUUGCCGUCAUGCUCUUAAUCCAGCUCUUCAAGUGGUUUCUGGAGCUGGAGCUCACCAAGAUGAUUGUUACUUUAGUCGUAUGUGCCAUACCCGUCAUACUCCGGCUCUGGACGCGUUUCAGCACAUCUAUUCUGGGUGUUUUCCGCUCCGUGACAGACCAUGGCCCAGUUAAACUCAUCUUAAUAUGUAUCUCCUUGGUUAUCUUGUUCUUCUCAAUUUAUGUGUAUCACGCAGAGGGUCAGAAAGUGUACAACUCCACCUUGACUUGGGACCAGUACAGUCAGGUGUGCGGCCCUCCUGCCUGGCAAUCUAAAGGUAUGGCCAAGACACAGAUCUUCUGCAGCCACCUGCAGGGACACAGAGUCACCUGGACAGGCAAAUUUAAGCAUGUCAAUGUGGCUGAGACAGAGAACGGUGCACAGUCUGUCAUUAACAUGUUACCCGUGUUUCUUGGGGACUGGCUGCGAUGCCUGUACGGUGAGACAUACCCGAAAUGUGAGCCAAAGAAUAUGACAAAACCCACAGCUUCAAGAUCCACGCAAGUUGGGGUCUCAUUGCCCAUGCUACUACAAAUGCAAGAAGAGGAAGAGAUCUGUCAGAUCAAGGCUCUGGCCAAACACGUUUGCCAUGUCAAGCGCUUUGACAGUUACCGGUUUCAAGUGACCGUAGGGAUGAUCAGGGACAAAACUGCAGAGCCGGAGGACCCAAGCAUGGAUAUCAUACUCGUGGCCAGUCAUGAGUUUCGACACAUCCUGCUCAAUCUGGAACCAGGUAAUAUGGUGGAGUUCUGCACCAAGCUGGAGGGCCGUCUAGGAGCCAAGGUCCCUGCCUUUGAGUUGAAGGCAAUUAACUGUCUGGAUUGUGUUUCACCACGAUCACCAGGGGGCAGGCAGGUAAAGAUUGAAAGAGACUGGAGACGUACGACAAUGCAAGCCCUAAAUUUUGCAUUUGAUUUCUUCUUUUCUCCCUUCCUGUCAGCAAAGAUCACUGGCUGAGAGCAGACCCAAAAAGGCCACGAAAGCCAACACUUACUUACUGCAUUAUUUAAAUUAUAAAAUAUAGUUUUGUAAUUAGACUUUUACUCAUGUCGAACAACAGAAUGAUUGUGAUAAAAGUAAUGAUUGCUUUUGUUUGGCAUAGGUUUAUACUUCAAUGUGUUGUUUUCUUCCCUUUUAAGGGUAUCGAAACCCAGCCACUCGCUAGAAAAAGUAUUUCCAUGGCAUGUGUAGGAUAACAUUUGUGAGCUUUAUUCAUUUAUUUCCAAGAUCGCUUAUCAUUUGUAGCUCACAUGGAUGCUGUGGUGUUGGAAAAGGGCGCGGAUACACAAAAGUCAGCUAUGUGAACCACUGCACCACUAAUGCCUAAACUGAAUCACAUGGACGCCUAUGUUAUAAUGCAUUUUAUAAAGAGUUAAAACAAAAAAAAAGUACGGAUGUUUUUUAGUGUUCAGAAAGUAAGUGUAAUAAACCAGGAUUCAGUCCAACAGCCCUAUAGGUGUGGUCCUCAAAACUUUGUUAAAUCUUUUGUUUAAAUGAGUUUUUUAUUGUUGUUAGUUAGUUGGUUGGUUUGCUCCCAUCUCCCAAGAAAAAUAAUGCGAGAAAUUCAGCGGACCCUUGGCAAAAUUGUAGCCGACUGGGACGCACCUAUUGUGCAUGACACACCACUGGUCAGCGGGGCGUCUCUUUGAACUGAGUUAUCUGCUCACUGCCAGCCGGCUGUGCUUUGUGCAUUACAAAAAGCCCACACAACAUAAAACACAAAGCCACUUGACGGAAGGGUUUAAUGACGACGAGUUGUAAUUUAUUCACUGCUACCACCUACCAUCAUAAGUAACGCUGAAAAUUCAGUGGGCUCUAGGUGAAAUUGUAUCUGACUGUAGUACAUCUAUAGUUGGCCAAUGCUGCUUACAGCACCGCUUGCGUCGCCGCUCGUGGCCAGCUGUGUGUCUCGCCCUGCAUUACUAGACUGAGCCCAAAAAAAACUGCAACCACAUGAGAUUAAGUAUUUAAGGAAAUCGGGAAUCAAAACUUUUUGGCAUUGCUUGAUGGUGAAGUAAAUGAGGAAGCCCACCUGUGCUGGAAGCCACUGAAAGCACAUCUUUAUAUAGUGGUAGAGCCAGGUCAGAAAAAAGGGUUCUCAGUGACGUAACCAGGAACCAUUUUUGGACCAGCCCUAAAACUCCUGAAGGAUGAAAAGGUGAAAUAGUUUCUUCUUUCUUGCUAUAAUUCGGCACUAAAUUGCUAUCAGGCUGUGCACGUUUUCAGCAUUCAUCUUCAAAUAUAUUUCCUGUAUUUAGAAACAUCAUCAAUCCAUCCGUUGUCUACCGUGAAAUCCGGGGUCGGGUCACGGGGGCAGCAGCUUUAGCAGGGAAGCCCAGACUUCCCUUUCCCCAGCCACUUCAACCAGCUCCUCCAGUGGGAUCCAAAGGCCAGCCGAGAGACAUAGUCUCUCCAGCAUGUCCUGGGUUGUCCCCGUGGCCCUCCACCGGUAGGACAUUCCUGGAACACCUCUCCAGGGAGGCGUCCAGGAGGCAUCCGAACCAGAUGCCCAAGCCACCUC